UUUCCCUUCUGUGUGCAAUUGUUCUUCACAGUAUUCACCUGCAGGAACAAUGGUGCGGCAGCUUGUUUGGCAGCGGGCCUCCGCCUCUCAGAGGUUGGCCCCGAAGUGCCUCUCCCCGCAAAGAUUGUUCGCUCGCCGUGGUCUGGCCACCGAGGCCUCCUCAAACCCGGCCUCCUCGCGCAUGCCCCCUUACCCCAAGAUCCUGCGGAACUUGGAACAGGUCCGUCGCGUGCUGGGCUCUUCCCGAUCUCUCACAUUGGCAGAAAAGAUCCUCUACGCCCACUUGGACAACCCCGAGGAGUCGCUGCUGACCGGCACCAACAAUGGACGGGAUAUCCGUGGCAAGGCCAACUUGAAGUUGAAGCCUGAUCGUGUCGCCAUGCAAGACGCCUCCGCCCAGAUGGCUCUGCUGCAGUUCAUGUCCUGCGGCUUGCCCUCAACAGCGGUACCUGCCAGUAUCCACUGCGACCAUAUGAUCGUAGGAGAGCGUGGUGCGGACGUCGAUCUGCCCGCUUCGAUUCAGGGCAACAGCGAGGUCUUUGAUUUCUUGGAGAGCGCUGCCAAGCGGUAUGGUAUCGAGUUCUGGCCCCCCGGUGCUGGUAUCAUCCAUCAGAGCGUGCUCGAGAACUACUCGGCCCCGGGUCUGAUGAUGCUCGGUACGGACAGUCACACUCCCAAUGCUGGUGGUCUUGGAGCUAUUGCCAUCGGUGUGGGUGGUGCUGAUGCUGUUGACGCUCUGGUUGAUGCGCCCUGGGAGUUGAAGGCGCCUCGCAUUUUGGGUGUGCGCCUCGAGGGCAAGCUGAACGGCUGGGCUUCCCCCAAGGACGUCAUCCUUCACUUGGCCGGCAAGCUCACCGUUCGUGGUGGAACUGGAUUCAUCAUUGAGUAUCACGGUCCUGGUGUUGAGACCCUGAGCUGCACGGGCAUGGCCACCAUCUGUAACAUGGGUGCUGAGGUUGGCGCAACCACCUCGGUCUUCCCCUUCUCGCCCAACCACAUUCCUUACCUCCAGGCUACUCACCGUGGCGAUGUAGCCAAGGCCGCUGCCGAGAUCGCGGCCUCCGGGCCUCAGAACCUCCUGCGGGCUGACAAUGAUUCGCAAUACGAUCAGCUGAUUACCAUUGAUCUGUCCACAUUGGAGCCUCAUAUCAACGGUCCCUUCACCCCCGACCUUUCAGUUCCCGUGUCUGCUUUUGCCGACACCGUCCGUGAGAAGAACUGGCCCCAGACCUUGGGAGCUGGUCUGAUCGGUAGCUGCACCAACAGCUCCUACGAGGAUAUGACCCGUGCUGAGCACCUGGUCAAGCAGGCCACCGCUGCCGGUCUCAAGCCCAAGGCUGAUUUCUUCAUCACACCUGGAAGUGAGCAAAUUCGGGCUACGUUAGACCGUGACCAGACGUUGUCGACCUUCUCGCAGGCGGGAGGUACCGUGCUGGCGAACGCAUGUGGACCCUGCAUUGGCCAGUGGAAGCGCACAGACGGUGUCCCUAAGGGCGAGGACAAUGCCAUCCUGACUUCUUACAACCGCAACUUCCCCGGUCGUAACGAUGGAAACCGCCGGACCAUGAACUUCUUGGCCUCCCCCGAGUUGGUUACUGCUAUGGUCUACUCCGGCAGCACGACCUUCAACCCGAUGACAGACAGCAUCAAGACCCCCAGCGGCGAGGAGUUCCGCUUCCAGCCCCCUACUGGCCAGGCCUUGCCCGGCCAGGGAUUUGCUGACGGCAACCCCGACUUUCAGCCCACCGCUGCUGUGCCCGACGCCUCGUGUGAGGUGAUCGUCUCCCCUACCUCGGACCGCCUGGCGCUACUUGAGCCCUUUGCUCCCUUUCCCAAGGGCGAGCUCUCGGGUCUGAAGGUCUUAUACAAGGUCAAGGGCCAGUGCACCACCGACACCAUCUCCGCGGCCGGUCCGUGGUUGAAGUACAAGGGUCACCUGCCCAACAUCUCCGCCAACACUCUAAUCGGCGCCGUCAACGCCGCCACCGGAGAGACCAACGUGGCCUACGAUGAGGCCGGCAAGCAAUACUCCAUCCCCGACCUGGCUGCCCACUGGAAGUCCCAGGGCACCGAGUGGCUGGUCGUUGCCGAGGAGAACUAUGGUGAGGGCAGUGCUCGUGAGCACGCCGCCCUCCAGCCCCGCUACCUGGGCGGCCGCAUCAUCGUGUCCAAGAGCUUCGCCCGUAUUCACGAGACCAACCUCAAGAAGCAGGGUGUUGUCCCCUUGACCUUCGAGAACCCUGCCGACUACGAUAAGAUCGAUGCCUGUGACCAGGUUGCCACCGAGGGCCUGUACGAUGUCCUUCAGGCCGGUGGCCAGGGUUCUAUUCAGCUGCACGUCACCAAGCGCUCUGGCGAGCAGCUGGUUAUCCCUGUCCGUCACACUCUCAGCCCUGACCAGUGCGGCUUCAUCCUGGCUGGCAGUGCACUGAACCUGUUGGCGCAGCGGGCCAACAAGCAAUAGAUAAUUGGUCUGUGAUUCUGCUCUGUUGCGUCAGAGGCUUAGUAGCCAUGCUGUCUGUCUGUUUGUUUCAUUAUGUACAUAUAUCCGUGGGGCUUUUGUGUUCUUGGGCUGUUUGAGUAUCUUGGUUGCAAGGUCAGUUUUCGGGACAAAAAGCGAGUUAGAUCUAAUUUAUGACUAAAAUUGUUCGUUGC